AUGUCUUUUGUCUUUUCACAAACUCGUGAAAUUGAGGCCGCGAAUGAAAAAUAUGCGGCGUCCUUUACUAAAGGCGACCUUGCGCUGCCUCCUGCUCGAAAGGUAGCAGUUGUCGCUUGCAUGGAUGCCAGACUAGACCCUGCCAAAGCUCUAGGAUUAGAAGAAGGCGAUGCGCAUGUUAUUCGAAAUGCAGGAGGGCGUGCCAUCGAUGCUAUUCGCAGCCUGGUCAUCUCGCAGCAGCUUCUUGGGACACGCGAGAUCGUGCUCGUACACCAUACUGACUGCGGUAUGUUAACUUUCUCUGACGACUUAAUUCGCCAAAAGGUUCGGUCUGAGCUAGGGCAGGACGCCAACCAUAUUGCCUUUCUGCCAUUUACGGAUCUAGAGGCCAGCGUUCUGGACGAUGUCAAGCUGCUUGAGAACCAUUCUCUGAUUCUUGAUGUGCCGAUCACUGGUUAUAUCUACGACGUCAAGACAGGGAGGAUCACCAAGGUGCAGCGCGCCUAA